AUGACACAAGAUAUAACCACCAUCUGCUUAUAUGUCGAUGACUUGCUAGUAACUAAAAAUAGCAUGGAGAAUUUGUCGAAGUUUAAAGAGUUGAUGAAGAGGGAACUUGAAAUUUUGGAUCUUAGAAACUUGUCAUAUUUCCUAGGCAUGGAAUUUCUAAUUACUAAGCAAGGUAUGGUGUUGCAUCAAAGGAAGUAUGUCAAGGAAAUACUCAAGAGAUUUAGGAUGAAUGAUCUGAAUCUUUCAUCCUCACCUAUCAAACCUAAUUUGAAACUAGAGAAGCAUGUAGAGGAGGACAAGGACGGUGUCACUUUGUUCAAACAAAUUUUAGGAUCUCUGAGGUGUCCUCAGGUUGGAGAGCUCUAUCUUGGACAAUUGUUGGUUUUUUGUGUACUUAUAUUUCUAUAG